AUGUCAGACUUUCACAAACGUACAUGGCUUAUCACGGGAGCCUCGUCAGGACUUGGUAAAUCGCUCGCCCUGGAAGCCCUGAGUAAGGGCCACAGGGUUCUCGGUACCACACGUGAAAUUCAAAAGGCGCAGCACAGCUUCCCUGAAUUUGAAGUUAACGGCGGUACAUGGUUAUCUUUGGACCCGGGCAACCCAGUUGCGCAUGAAAUGGCCACAAACAUCUUCGCAGCCCACAACAUCGACGUUCUGGUAAACAAUGCAGGAUAUGCGUUCAUUGGAGGAGUGGAAGAUACAAGCGAAGAUGAAGUUCGCUCCCAAAUGGAGGUUAACUUCUACGGCCCACUUCGUCUCAUACGAGCGGCGCUUCCAAAUAUGCGCUCGAAGCGGUCAGGGAAUAUUGUUCUGAUCAGCAGCGGAGCUGGAUUCACUGCCAGGCCGGGCCGGGCCGCAUACUCCGCGAGCAAGUUCGCCAUUGAAGCCAUCCAUGAGUCGCUAUCCGACGAGAUCGAGACCUUUGGCAUCAAAGUUUUGAUUGUAGAGCCUGGUGCCUUUCGCACGCCAUUCGCCAGUCGCAUAAUAACCCCGGCCCAGUACCGGAGUAAUGGAGGGUUCAGCCAGGCAUAUCAGGGCACUUCGGUGGAGAAAAUGGUCCGUGGCAUGAGCGAUACUACAGGUAUGCCGGGGUGGCUUAAGGGUGAUCCCCAGAAAGCCGCAAAAGCGAUAUUAGAUGCCGUGGAGAAUGGACACGAGUACCUCCGAAUGCCUCUAGGUGCCGACUGUGUGACGGCCUUAGAAAGCAAGAUGAAUAGUUUGCAACGCGAUUUCGAUCUUACCAGAGCAGUUGCCAACUCGACUGGUGUUGAUUCCUAA